AUGCUGAAUGCAAGUGGGCUUGAUGACUCGGACGAUGAAUGGCAGGAUAUGCCCAUAGAGCAUGUAGGACCUUGGAGUCCCAGCUCAGCCAAUACCAACAGUGAUAGCGACAGCGAAUCGGACAACGAGCGGUCUCCGAAGAGUAAGCGCGUUGCGCGUGAGGCCAAGCUUAUGCGCCAGCGACGCGCGCAUAUGCGGGGCCGUGGCACUUCGGCACAGGGUGGCACCUCCAAUACGGCAGGUCGACAUCUAGACGUGCACGACGUGCGUGGCUAUGACUGGCGAACGCGGCCUGAUGAGCAGGUGGCCGAUUCUCAGGCGCUAGGCUCGGAAGGCGUGGGAUAUACCAAGCUGCGUCUGGAUGAUGCUGACGAGGAUGCAGAACUGGAAGCAGCUACGGACUACUUGUUCCAAGAAGACCUGAAUCGCUUAGACGAUGCAGACGACCCAUCCGCCGCCCCCAUUUCGCAACUGGCCUUGACCAAGCGUUUACUCUCCGAUGUACAGAAAUUAGCAUAUGUGGGCUUGUGCAGCACCCUCUGCAGCCAGAUUGUAAAGGAACUGGAGCAGCUAGGAGCGAAGGAUGAUCGUCCGGCCAUUCAGAGUGCCAAAGAAUGGGGGCUGCGCGUCAUGAUUCGUUUGUAUCAGCAUCUAGACGUGGAGCCUGCCGAGCAGUCGAUGAUCGAGUCAUUAUCGCUGCACGGGAUCCUUCCUUCCGAUCUGGCACCCAGCUUGAUCGCUACGCAGACGAUUCCUAAUCCCGCCUAUGACCCCGCGCUGGCGAAACAAGAAGCCUCCCAACCCAAGCCACCAGCGCUCCCACAGACUCCCAAGGUGAAGCAAGCGGCCACUUCGACCCCAGAAACUGCUGAAUCUCCCAGCAUCCUGACUGAUCCCAAUACUGCCUCUCAAGUCACAGAACAUGCGAGUGCCUUGUCAGGCGAGGCCACGCGUGUCCCUGAAGCGUCCCUCAAAGCGCCGCAUACAUCUUCUCACGCUCACGCUUCUGUAACAACGUUGGAUGGCGUAACCACCGAGGUGAACGCUGCCAACAAGACGAUCACGCUGGACCUGCGCUGGACGGUCCUUUGUGACUUGUUCUUGGUACUUACGGCUGACAGUGUGUAUGAUGCCCGUUCUCGUGUGUUGCUGGAGCGCCUUGCAGAGCUCAUUGGUCUCUCUUGGAUGGAUGUGACAAAGUUUGAAAAGCGCAUCACGGAUUCUUUAGAAAUUGAAGAAGAUGUGCAGACACUGGACGACAAGAGCAUCACACAACACCACGAUUCAGCAUCUCGACACAAGCGCCUCAUGAUGAUGGGCCUCGCCACCGUCGGUGGUGGUCUGGUCAUUGGCUUGUCGGCUGGUCUGCUUGCUCCUGUGAUCGGUGCUGGUAUCGGUGCGGCUCUGGGUGCCGUGGGUAUUAGUGGAACGUCGGCAUUUUUCAGUGGUGUGGGCGGUGCAGCCAUCAUCACGACCACAGGUACGAUUAGUGGCGCCGCGAUGGGCGGAAAAGGUAUGAGGCGACGAGUCAAGAGCGUGCAGAUCUUUGAAUUUCGACCGCUGCACUACCACAAGCGAGUCAACUGUAUUAUUACUGUGCCGGGUUUUCUAAAAGGUGCGGAAGAUGACCCGACACUACCCUACAGCGUCAUUGACCCGAUCAUGGGCGACGUGUUUAGUAUCAUGUGGGAGCCUCAGAUGAUGCAAGAAAUGGGUAACGCUAUGUCGAUCUUGUGGAACGAGACGCUGGUGCAGGGUGUGCAGCAAGUCUUGGCGGCCACCGUGGCUGGUGCCAUGUUUAGCGCCUUGGCUUGGCCCCUGUGGCUCACGAAGCUCAACUACCUCAUCGACAACCCCUGGUCCAAUGCCACGGAACGUGCUCGAGCAGCCGGGCUGAUUCUGGCGGAUGUCCUGAUCCACCGGCAAAUGGGUGUCCGUCCCAUCACGCUUGUAGGGUACAGUCUUGGAGCACGCAUGAUUUUCUAUGCACUCUUGGAGUUGGCUCGCAAGAAAGCAUUCGGCAUUGUACAAAAUGUGUUCCUGAUGGGCGCACCUGUACCGUCGCGUGAGAAUGAGUGGAAGACGGCGCGAACCGUCGUGUCUGGCCGCUUUGUGAACGCGUUUGCACGCUCAGACUGGAUUCUAGCGUACUUGCAUCGUGCCACAUCAGGCGGUGUGCGCAAUAUUGCUGGACUGUAUCCAGUGGAAUUUGGAUGCGGCAUCGAGAACAUUGAUGUGACGAAUAUUGUACCAGGCCACCUCGCUUACCGAGCGCUCACGCCUCUCUUGCUAGGUGAGCUUGGCUUUCAGACGACUGCUGAUUACUUUGACGAGCCAGAGUCACUGGAUCAUGUGCCAGAGCGUACGGUCGAGAAAGAGAGCCCCCAAAAGCAGCAUUCCACCGCGACGCAAAGUCUCAAGAACUUUAUUUGGGGCAAGAAGGAAAAGAGUCCUGACACUGUUCCACCGCCGCCGCAGCUAGUGUACGAUGCGAUGGAGGACGAAGUAAAGAAGCCGCAGACAUCCAGUCUCGAAUCCAUGCCAGUAGUGCCUACCGAUGUGGUGCAUGCUCCGCGGUCAGACGCGCCUCAAGACAUACCCAAACCCAUACCGGAUGACGGCGCCGAGCUAGGAGAAAGCAGCCCUCCCAUGGAGCAUCAAAGCGAUGACAAGAACAGUCGCUCGCCUUCGAAUGAACAUGUGGCAGGCUCUGACGCCAAAGAGGAAGAAGCGCCUGCCUCUAAGGAUCAUGAGAAAAUCCCUGAUCAACAGAGUCAACAUGAGGAACCUCAUGAUGUUGGCCAUCAGGAAACUCUACGUGCGCUCGAAGCACAUGACCACGAUCGACAUGAACACCACCUGUCUGACGAAGAGUCUGAGCAUGUUGCUUCCAACAUACCCGUUCCAGAGGAAGAAUCACCUGCCUACGCAUCCUAUGGCCUUGCUGCGGACGAGGCAGCUCAACUUGCAGCCCAGUUCAACAGCGGCUUAAAGCCGACAUCGCCUAUCCAUGUCCCGAACGAAGAAUGGGAGACAUCACCUGAUCAUGUCUUGUUGACGUCGCCAAAGCGCUCGUCGGAUCUGCCUGCGUGGGCAGCUGAGAACCCUUGGGAUGCGUAG